UCGUCAACUUACCAUCUCAUUGUUGCUCACUACUAAUGAACAUUCGUGUGCAUUUAUCAAUGUAAAAAGAAGACAGCAGAAAGACAACACGUACGUACGCCAUGGACCCCAAGAAAGGACAGCUAGGCUCACCAAAGAACCUGAGGAAGCUUCUCUGUGAAGAAUUAGCGGGAUCAGUCAAGAGGGUACAAGAGCUCUUUGUACGAACAAAACAAAUAGAAUGUGGUAAUAGCACGGCAGAGCUACUCUGUGAUGUUGUGGAGGCUAUCUUCUUACACGAGCUCAAGAACAGCAGGGGGCAGGUGUGGAGAGAGAUAAAGAGGCCCAACCCCAACAUACCUCCUGAUCCGUCAUUCUGGAUGUUCAUUGAACCGAUGGUAUCUGAUGACAUCAAGAUGCAGCUGCUUGUGCUGCGUAACUCAGAGAGUGAUGUGCGGAAGUGUCGGUCGUGGGUACGCCUGGUCCUAGUGAAGGGACUCCUCCUCUCGUUCAUGCUUGACCUACUCAGACAUCCAGGACUAUUAGCGUCCCACUACGGUGGAGAAGCUGUCCUCCGUCACCUAGAGAGUACUGAGAUCAUAGUCGGCCAUCUUCGUGGGCUCUCAAUCGUCCAGUUGGAGUACGAUUACGCCACCCCCCACCUUGACUCGUGGGACCCCACCGCCCUACAUAUCGCUGGACUUUGGACCCCACCGAGGAGCAUCAGAGAGAGAACCGUAUCAGGCAACAAGUCCCCAGCUAAAGAAAGCCUCUCCCCUCAAUCUAAAAAGACCCCCCCUAAAGAGUUCAACGUUGAAGGAGUCUCCAUUAUCAAUCUAGCUCUCGACAAAUACAGUGAGAAGAAAGCACGUACCGAGAAAUUCACAGACAGUGAACUCAUUACUAAGGAACUAGACCACCAGCAGUUGACUCCGCCCACUCUCAGACCCCCCACAAACACGACUCCGCCCACAACCAGACCUCCCACAGACUCGAUGUCCGAAGCAGAAGCCUCGACAAGAAGCUAUAGUGCCAUGCUGCACAGCUAUGCUCGCAAGACCUCUUAUAACGGGCCUGGGUCUGACGCUAUGUUGGAGGGAACUCCCCCAGAGGGGGGUAGUGUUGAGGGGGUACAGAGGGAAGGGGGGUACUCUUUGGCUCUCUCCAUGGACUUUGAGAUUGUGACCCCCGACGGUGACCUCGUGGAGCCUGAGGGUGUGGAACAAUUUCAUAAGCACCUGACAGUACUGACGAAGGAACAGGGCAUGGACAGGCAGAACUAUCAGUGUGUCGGCUGCAAUGGGCAGAUAGGGCUUAUAUUCGGACAAUCGAGGUUAUGCAAGUACAAUGGACAGCACUACUGCUUCGACUGUCACCAUGACGACGAGCGAGUAAUUCCAGCGAGGGUUCUCUUUAAUUGGGACUUCCGCAAGCACAAAGUAUGUGUGGGUAGUGGGGAGUACCUGGACCGUAUUCAACACACCAAGCAGCUGGACCUGGAGAAGGUCAACAAAGCUCUCUAUCUGUACAUCCCAGAGAUUGAGGAGGCCAGGAGACUGAGACUCCAGUGUCAUCUGCUCACAGGGUUUGUGCUCACUUGCAAGGACACAGAGAUAGGAGUGCAGUUCAAGAAGAGGCUACGUCACUCGUACAUCUAUGAGAACAUCCACCAGUACUGUAUGCAGGACCUGCUGGAGGUGCACAGUGGUGUGCUGGGGGAGAGACUGCGCAAGGUGGUGAGGAUGGGCAUGAAACACGUCAAGCAGUGUAUGCUGUGUUCUCAGAGAGGGUUCAUCUGUGAGGUGUGUCAGAGUGAUGACGUCAUCUACCCCUUUGACAUAGACAACACCCACCAGUGCGGUACGUGCAACGCCCUGUUCCAUCAAAGCUGUCAACCAGCCAAGGGCAAUUGUCCCAAGUGCUACAGAGUGAGGAAGAGAAAAGUGAACUCUAACCUAGAAGGAGAGGACAUUUUGAUUGCAAACUAAACAUUCUUGAAUGUGUUAUUUUAAUUUUGUACACUGUGACAACAAUCAUUUCCUCAUCUGUACUCAUGCAUGUCAAUAUUGGUGUUUGGUGAAUUUUGAUAUCGA